GCCAAUUCACCCCAACACGCCGCCAAAAUGAACACCAUCGCGCCCCCGCCGCAAAUAAAGCGACUCCCGCCCUCCAAACGCGCCCUCGGCAUCUUCCUCGGCCUCGUCGGCGGCGGCAUAACCAACCUCGCCAUCGGCUACGCCGGUUUCUCCUUCUACGCGCGCUCCACAAAGUUCGUGCCCUACGACGCGUCGCACGCCGACCUGUCCACGCCGCUGGCGAAGAAGCACAACCCCGGCGGCAAUCCGCCCGUGUGCAUCGACCAUGCCGUCAAGACGAUCCCGCUGGCGAAGCUGAAGACGCAGGACCAGGCGCAGCUGACAACCGACUUCUGCAGGGGCGUGUGGAGCGGCCUGGGGUAUGCGUACCAGCGGCGCUAUUUGGAGCGGAAGUACCGCGCGCUGCCGGGCCGGCAGGAGCAGUUGUGGGAUCGGAGCGAGUUGGCGGAGGAUGAGUAUCGGGUGGGGACGAAGAUUACGGAUCAUUUUGAGGUUAUGGAGCGUACGCCGGAAAAGGUGAUUGUGCGUUGCGGCGACUCGCCGCUGAAUACGGAGCCCCGGCCGAGCGACGGCCUGUUUUCGAUCGAAGUCACAAAGGACGAGGAGGCGCAGACGGCGACGUUCCAUCUCAAGAGCGUGUUUGUGAAUACGACGCCGGACGGCAAGGAUGCGGAACCGCUGCCGUGGAGAUUUCAGUUUGCGCAUCGGUUAUAUACGAAGCUGUGGAUGGAGACGGCGACAAGGAAGCUGCUAAAGUAAGGAGAUGAGACAUUGGAAGAGAGGCACCUCCAUGUACAUAUUUACUUCGGGGAUAUCUAGACUUAAGAGCAGGGCGGCGGGCAUACGGAAUCACAUAGCAUACUAAGGGAUUAUGGCGGCCAUCUCCACUUCUCUUUCGCGGAACACGGAACGCUACUCGGAAUUAAGGCAUGAACUUUAAUC